AUGCUGAGAAUCAUUAGUAUCUUCUCCAUCGUGGUGUUUGGCUCCAUCGUGAACGAGUGCUACGUGAACAGGGACAGCCAGAGCUCGGAGCUGCUCUGCAUCUUCAACGAGAAUGAGAGUGCCUGCAGCUACGGCAUCGCCGUUGGCAUCAUUGCCUUCUUUGGCUGUAUCUUCUUCUUUGUGGUGGACCUCUACUUCCAGCAGAUCAGCAGCGUGAAGGACCGCAAACGGGCCGUCCUGCUGGACCUUGGCUUUUCAGGUUUCUUGUCCUUCUUGUGGUUUGUAGCUUUCUGCUUCCUAGCAAACCAGUGGCAACGGACAACGAUGAGCAGAGGGUUUUCGCAAGGAGCAGAUGCCGCCCGGGCAGCAAUCACCUUCUCUUUCUUCUCUAUCAUUGUCUGGGUGAGUUCAGCUUUGGA